AUGAGUGGCUUCAGGUCCGUUAUGAAGGAUGGAUGGCACCCCAAGGGCCGGGAUGGAGGGAAAGAAUCAUGGAGAGGUGAUUUCAAGGGCAUCAACCAAGUGGCUGGCUGGAUGGGGAAAACCAGAGAUCCCAACAAGAAAGACGAGGGCGAGCAUGUGUCGCGGCCUCUUGCGACCCUCAAAGAUCCGGCCUCUUUUGGCCCACCGCCCAAGAACGUCAACUAUCACGGCGGCGCUGCCUUGCCCAACGAGAUUACACCGCAGAGGGAAGGAUGGGGUGCUCCCUUGACUCAAGAGCAGAUUUCCAGCGCAAGCCGAGCAGUCCACACUCCCGAGCAAGAAGAGGAGGAAGAGAGAAGGCCUUCAGGUCCGCCAUUACCGUAUCGUGCUGAUAGGACAGGGCUCAAGACAGACCACCUCCCCCCUCCUCCCGUCCACCGCGACUUGCUUCGGUCUGCGGAAGAUGUGGAAACAGGACCAUCCAAACCGAAGCCGGGUCUACCUCCAAGACUACCCUCUCGACAGCAUACAGGGAGUACAGCUACCCCUCCCCCCGUCGUCAAUUCUCCGCCUCCGCCCGUCGCUCCCCCAGCCUACGAUGCAGUGCCUGCGGCCUCACCUAACCCACAACCAAGUACGAGUUACGGCAUCAAUCAAGCUGCUAUCAACAGGCUGGGGAAUGCAGGUGUUUCAGUGCCUGCUCUGGGUAUUGGGUCUGAUCGAAGUACAAACCCCUGGCAAAAUGAACAAAGCCAAACAAGUGCUGUGAAGAGCCCACCUGCAGCCUCUCAAGCACCUGUAAAUCAACUAUCAGAGCUUCAAGCUCGCUUCGCCCGCAUGAAUUCGAACUCCAGCGCCGCCCAGCCACCAAACUCUACACCUCCUUUCGUCACACCAACGCAGUCUCCGCCACCCGUCAACACCACUGCACCCAUCCAGCAACCCUACGCGGCGCAACCGCAACCACCAGCGCAAAGCCAGGCCCAAGGGACGACUUGGGCGGAGAAGCAAGCCGCAAUGCGUACAGCCCAAAGUGCCUAUAAGGACCCAGCAUCCGUUUCUGCUGCUGACGCGGGAUCGGCUGUCCGCACGGCCAAUUCAUUCCGGGAACGUCAUUCAGAUAGCAUCAACGCCGCAGGCGCCAAAGCCAGCGAGUGGAACAAGAAGUAUAACGUGACAGGGCGCCUCAACUCGUUCCUUGAGAAGCACAGUUCGCCAUCGCCAACCCCGGAAGACGCCCAGUCCCCCAACGGUGCCAACGCAGGGGGCACUGCUCCCAUGCAAACAUCUCCGCAGAGUCAAAGUCCAGAGAUGGCGGCGUCGUUAUCACGCAAGCCCCCACCACCUCCGCCACCGAAGAAGCCAGCAAACAUGCAUGGGAGCGUAGCUUCGAUGGGCGUUGCCCCUCCACCUGUGCCGCUGGGGACGAAGCCGAGUUACUCAUGA